GUGGGAGGGUAGUUGGUGAUGACAGAACCAUUUUACCCUCACCAACCCCGCUAGCAUUUAGCAACCAAAUUUGCUGUUCUCAGUCUCACCAACCUUCCUUCAAAUCCAACUCAAUUUAAAAUCCCUCACAAGGGUCCGCGAUUUCCGAAAAUUUUCAGCUUCUUUUCUUUCCUCCUUCUAUCUCGUCUCUUCUUGGCAAUGGGAGGCGACCGUAAGUCCUACACGUUAGGUGAGGUCUCUCAGCACAACCACCGCCACGACUGCUGGCUCGUCAUUGGUGGCAAGGUUUAUGAUGUAACAAAAUUCUUGGAGGACCACCCAGGUGGGGAUGAGGUUUUGCUGUCAGCCACAGGAAAAGAUGCAACUGAGGAUUUUGAGGAUAUUGGUCAUAGUACCACAGCGAAAGCAAUGUUGGAUGAGUUCUACGUCGGAGACAUGGAUUCAUCGAGCAUCCCGACCAAGUUCAAGUACAAGCCUCCAAAACAGCCUCACUAUAAUCAGGACAAGACAGCAGAGUUUAUUAUCAGGACCCUUCAGUUUCUAGUUCCGCUGAUCAUCUUAGGCGUGGCGGUCGGUAUCCGUUUCUACACCAAAUCAAAAUAACCAUUGAAACUGGGAAAGUAAUUGAUAGACAUUAUGAAAAUAUGGUAGUGUUGAAAGAAUCCUGCUUGUUUUCUGCUUUGGAAAUUGAACUGCAAUUGCUCGGGAUUGCCAGGAUGUGAUCUUUCUCCGUCCCAAAUAACAUGUUAAUGUAUGCACUGUCAAUGUAUUCUGCAUUUAUAUAUCCCAUCAUUUUUCUCAUCA